UUCAGCAAGAAUGAACUUCAUCUCUUCAUUUGUCUUCCAUCACAAGAUGCAUCUGCACGUGUUUAUUGCUCUUCUCUUCAUUCUUCUCACUGGAGGAUUCGCUCUGGAAAGUUAUGAUUACGAGGAAAUGGAAUAUACAUUUAACGAACCUCAUGAUAAACCUGAAGAGAGCUUCUCUCUGGAAUGUUAUCAAUGUCGUGAAUCUCGUGAUGAACUAAAAAUUCCAUGUAGCAAAACAAUGAGAUGUUACACUGAAGAGAGCAGGUGUGGGAGUACAAGAAGAGUACAAUAUAUGGGUGGUCUAAAGCAAGAAUCUAUGGAAGUAGGUUGUGUUAGAGCAAGUGAAUGUAAAAGCUGGUCUUUUACUGCAACACCCCACAGAAGUGAAUAUUCUGUGCAGUGCUGCAACACCAACAUGUGCAAUGCCAGACCUGCCCCAGCCUUGAACUCUCAACCCAAUGGGAAGAAAUGUUACUCUUGUAACUGGGAAGGUUGCUCACAGACAGUGGAUUGUAUUGGGAAUGAGAAUUACUGCUUUACUGCAAACGAGCCUUUUUCACACCCGAUGAUGAAAGGAUGUGCAUCUGAAUUUUUAUGCGGGUCGUCAGGGUUGUUAGGACCUCAUGUCACAUGUUGUGAGGGGAAUCUGUGUAACGCUGUAGAGAGAGUCUCUCAGAGCUUAUUGUUUCUCUGCUGUUCUCUGAUAUUUUUCUUCCUCCUGAACUGA